CGCCAAUACUAACAAAAGGCAUGAUAUCUCUUUAAACUGUUUAUUAAAUUGUACAAGCAAAUGCUAUUACAAAAGAAUUACGAUACAAUCAUACAGCUUAUCAUGCCCAUAUCUUGACUUCUGUUUUAGGCUUGUAUUUGUAGCACGUUCAUCAAGUUAUCCUGACAGACCUGACUUAUGAGAGUUAUGUCAUAACAGUGUACUCGAACAAUUACGAAGUUUUUUUGAAAGAGACUUCUUAUUUACUGUAAUAGAAAGAUGGAGUGAUAUGGUGUUAUAUUAAAGUGGUGUUGCGGGUUUUUCAGGUCGAAAUAUCAAUUUCUGCAAAACAGUUGCUCUCUGAUCAGUGCGUUUACGAAGUGAGAGUUAGUGGCUUACGACCUGGCAGGCAGUGGACGUGAUCACACAUCAUGGCUGAUGUCAGCAUGGAACCCCGCGAUCGCAAAAUGAGUCUCUCCAGCCCCAAUCCGCAGAGCCCCCACGCUAUGUCCGGACGGCCGCAGUUUCUUCCCCCGGGUACGCGACCGCCUUUCGCUCCCCGCCCUGCGCCGGCGUCGCAGUCGACGAUGCAGAAACUGCACUGUCUGACGACAUCGGGAACCGGCGACGCGUUCUCCACCAAUCGCAUUCCCCCGGCGCGACUCUCCGCCAUCACUUUCGGACCCCAGAGUGAUGCGGAGAUCCGGUCACAGAGCGUUGUGGACGUUCAUCUGAACACGCUGGCUGUGCAGAACGGCAGCUCUUGGGAUAUGCCCAGUCACGGAUUACUGGAUCCCAAAAUGGGCGUCAAUCUGCGCGCCAAAAAGUGCGGCACGUGUGGGAAACAGAUGGCGGAAUGUCCGGGACAUUUUGGCCAUUUGCAGCUGUAUUAUCCGCUUUUCCAUAUGGGAUACUUCAAAAAUGUUUUCCAGAUCAUGCAGUCUGUUUGUCAGAGCUGCAGUCGCGUAUUGUUGCAUGGGCCGCAACGGAUCUCUUACCUUUCGAAAGCCAACAAACCGAUGACUUUAGCCGCCAAAAAAGACUUACGAAAAAAAAUCGUGGAAUUGUGCAAAAAGCAGAAAAUAUGUCAGUAUUGUUUGGCAACGCAGACGGACAUUCGGCGUUUCGGCUAUUACCGCAUGGUGAUGGAUGUACUGCGACCGGCCGCCACCCAGCGGAAAUUACUUCCCCACAUUGUACACACGGCUGAUGUGCCAUCACUGGAACCCGGUACGGGCGAUCAACCCCGUGCUGAUCUGGGCACAGCCAAGAUUUUAUUAAAUCCGGUCUACGUGCUGAAAGUUCUGCGAAAAAUCCCCCUGCAAGACCAUCCGUUAUUACUGUGCGGAAAAAUCAGUCCGGAAAGCUUUUUAAUGAGUUGUCUACAGUUUCCACCUGUUCCGAUUCGGCCCACGGUGAUGCAGGAAGAGGGCACCGUUAACCAGGAUGACAUCACUGUAGCAAUUUCCGGUGUACUGCACUGGAACCAGCUUCUUAAAGAGAAAAUUGAUCGCGAUCCGGUGCGGAGUAAUCUGGAAAGCUGGGAGAAUAUGCAGUGGAACUAUAAUAAGGUGUUGAAUGGUUCAGCAAAGGAUCCCGUUUCCGGCUCGGCGGGCACAGCAUUCGCCAAGCCCUCGAAGGGCUUUGAGCAACGUCUCAAGGGAAAACAGGGUCGGUUCCGUGGAAAUCUCAACGGAAAACGAGUGAAUUUCUCGGGGCGCACCGUAAUUAGUCCUGAUCCUAAUUUGCGACUGGAUGAAGUGGGCAUACCGGUGUAUAUGGCCAAAAUUCUGACCUUUCCCAUCCACGUCACGGAAAAGAAUAUUGAGACCAUGCGGAUACUGGUGCGGAAUGGCUCGCAGAAGCAUCCGGGCGCUGACAAAAUUACCAAAUGCCAAUUGGACGGCAGUUCCUAUUCCAUUAACCUGCACAAUGAGAAAAUUGCUAGAGAACAGGCUCAUGCUUUGCAAAUUGGCGAUGUGGUCGAACGACACCUACAAAAUGGAGACCCUGUAUUGUUCAAUCGCCAGCCUUCGCUGCAUAAAAUGAGUAUUAUGUGCCAUAAGGCCCGCGUGCUGCCGUCGCGUACCCUGCGCUUCAACGAGUGUGUCUGCACGCCGUAUAACGCCGACUUUGACGGCGAUGAAAUGAACGUCCAUGUCCCGCAGACAUAUCCGGCCCGAGCGGAAGCGGAGACACUGAUGUUGUCAACCAAAAAUAUCUUGACACCCCGCAAUGGGGAAGUCAUUAUCGGUGCCCACCAGGACUUCAUUACUGGCUCGUAUCUGCUAUCCAACAAAGAUAAUUUCUUCACGCGGGCAGAAUUCGAUCAGUUGGUCUCGCAGAUGCUAGUGGGAAAAGAGCGGACUUUAAAAAUCGACUGGCCACUACCGGCUAUCGUCAAGCCGGAAAAACUUUGGACCGGAAAGCAAGUGCUCAGUGUGGUGCUGUGCCCUAAUCGCGAACGCGGUUAUGGGAAAAACGCGCACGAACUUUCCGGAUUUUUGAAUGUCCGGACGAAAGGAAAGAAUUACACGAAAAAUGAAGAUCUUUGUAGCAAUGAUUCAUUUUUGGUUAUUCAUAACGGCGAGUUAAUGGCCGGGACGUUCGAUAAGAAUAAUGUGGGCACGGGCUCGAGAAAGAAUUUGUUUUGUCAUUUGUUCCAUGACUGCGGAAGCGCUUAUGCCGCCGAUGUCAUAUAUCGUCUCACGCGGGUUACGGCGUAUUUUUUAACCCACAGAGGGUUCUCCAUUGGAAUCGAAGACGUGUCACCUAGUGCCGCGUUGAUUCAAACCAAGAAGGAGCAUAUUAAAGCGGCUUACAGGAAAUGCGAAGAUCUUAUUGACCAGCUUAAACGUGGAGUGUUGGAGAACAGACCUGGUUGCACUAAAGAGGAAACCCUGGAAUCUGGGAUGGUCCAAGAAUUAUCUACUGUGCGCGAUCGGAUGGGGAAAAUUUGCUUUGACUCUUUACCAAAAACGAACGCUCCACUAAUUAUGGCCCAAUGUGGUUCUAAAGGAUCUGUUAUCAAUAUCUCGCAAAUGGCUGUCUGUGUCGGUCAACAAGUGAUUAGCGGUAAGCGUAUUCCCAAUGGAUUCGAAGAUCGCUCCCUGCCGACCGUGCCGCGCUACUCCAAAGAGCCCUUGGCCAAAGGAUUCGUGGAGAAUAGCUUUUUCAGCGGACUGACACCCUCAGAGUUUUUUUUCCAUACCAUGGCCGGUCGCGAGGGUCUGGUGGACACUGCAGUGAAAACGGCGGAGACCGGAUACAUGCAGCGACGACUAAUUAAAUGCCUGGAAGAUGUCAUCGUUCACUAUGAUCGAACCGUGAGAAAUUCCGUCAACGAAGUAAUACAGUUGCGGUUCGGCGAGGACGGUCUGGAUCCUGCAUCGAUAGAGGACGAAGAUUACCCGAUUGAUCUCGAACACCGGUGGCGCCAUGCGAUCAGCAUUUACCCUUUCAAUUCACGCUUGGAUAAACACUUGUCACGCUGGGAAGUUAAGAUGCAUUGGGAUCGCGCUGUACCCACUAUGGUUGUAAAGCUUGGCGGCCAAACCUUUGCGGAAUCCAGCAGCGAAGUUAAGUACUUCUUAAAUAACCUUGAAGAAUUUUUAAAGAAAAAGAUGGCCAAGAUGGAUGCCGACGAAGAACGCUAUGGCCCAGUCAGCCACUCCGAUGUCCAGUGCGACGACCGACUGUACCGUCACCAUGUAAUCGAGAAGCAGUUGAAUGGGUUUUUUGGACUGUGUAUUCAAAAGCGCAUCAAAUCCCACGUGGAGCCCGGUACAGCAGUGGGUGCGUUGUGUUCACAGAGUAUUGGUGAGCCGGGAACACAGAUGACCCUGAAGACAUUCCACUUUGCGGGAGUUGCCUCUAUGAAUAUCACUUUGGGAGUACCGCGCAUCACGGAGAUUAUUAACGCCACGACGAACAUUCGCACGCCGAUCAUAACUACGUUUCUGACAAAUAAAGUCGACGAAAGGUUUGCGCGUCUGGUUAAAGCGCAGCUGGAACGCACUAUGUUGUCGGAUGUGACUCUGAUUAUGAGCGACGUGUUGUCGGAGGAUCAGAUCGCAGUAGUGUUUGAAUUGGCCAAAGAUAUCAUUAGAUCUUUGUUGCUGCCGGUUAAUGCGCAGAAAAUCGCGGUGAUCUUGAAGACUCAUCCCAAGACUUCGAAACUUAUUCGGGAUGUGGAGUGCUAUGGGAACUGGAUUGUGAAGGCGCUGAUCAAUGAUGACGAUUUUAAGGGAAAAAAGGUGGAUCGAAAGUCGGCGUUUUUGGGCAGGGCUCAUGAACUGCGUCGCCUGGCCGGGGAAAUUGUUGUAGCGGGUUUGCCAACAGCAUCGCGAGCAGUAAUCCACAAACAAACAGAGGACGAUGGCUACCGUUUGCUGGUCGAUGGUACCGAUCUGCGCGCUGUUCUUGGCUUGCAAGGUGUCAACAGCAACAAGACAUACACUAACAACUGUAUGGAGAUAUUUCGCGUUCUUGGCGUUGAAGCCGGACGAGCUUCGAUUAUUCAGGAAGUGAUGUACACGAUGAAAAGUCACGGAAUGAGCAUCGACUGGCGUCACUAUUCCUUGCUGGCUGACACAAUGACCGCCAGGGGUAAUCUUUAUGGUUUCACGCGGUACGGCAUGGCGAAAAUGAAGGAUUCGGCGCUGAUGUUGGCGUCUUUUGAACAGACCGUGGACCACUUGUACGAUGCAGCGUAUUACGGUGUAACGGACGAUAUCUGCGGUGUCAGCGAGUCCGUCAUUCUGGGACAAGAUGUUCGAGUGGGAACCGGAAUAUGUAAAAUACUGCCCAAGACCAGCAGCUGUCGACCGGGGGCCAAUGAUUUAAAGAAGACCUUUAACAUAAGUGCCAUGUCCUGAUAGUUUGCCUAAACUCCCGAUGUGAUAAGAAGUUGUAAUCAAAGCCGCUUCUGUUUCUACUAUACAGUAUGCGUAAGCGCGGCGCGCGCACGACGUACAGUGCAUUGUGUGUGCAAGAUGUUGGUGCAAUUUGUACAAAAAUGCUCAAAUAAAUUUUGGU